UCGACGGUGAAAACGCAGUCGCAGGCAUGUGGCAACGACAGCCGCACCAACGACGAAGUAUUCAAUCGGCGUUUAUUAUUCGCUGGUUGCUUGUCAGCAUGUUUUUGUUAGCUGUCGACGGAUAACUGGUCAUCGGAGCGAUGCCCGUAGAUCUCAAUCGUCUCGCCGAUGGCUGGCUUGAACUCGAAAGCGACCCAGGCUUGUUCACGCUUCUGCUGGAAGAUUUUGGCGUGAAAGGCGUGCAAGUGGAUGAGAUAUAUGAUCUUCAGAAAUCCAUAGAAGGGCCUGUGUACGGCUUUAUAUUCCUCUUUAAAUGGAUCGAAGAAAGACGGUCGCGGAGGAAAGUCGUCGUCCAGGAGGAAAAGUUUGUCGAGAAAGAGGAAAUCGUCAAUUCCAUCUUUUUCGCGCACCAGAUUGUUCCCAACUCGUGCGCUACGCAUUCUCUCCUGAGCAUUCUGCUAAACUGUUCCAAGAUCUAUUUGGGUUCCACUCUCACAAGGCUCAAAGAGUACACGCGAAAUAUGGACCCCGAGAACAAGGGCUAUGCCAUUGGCAACACUCCCGAACUGGCGAGGGCACACAACACGCACGCCAAGCCAGAGCCCAGGCAGCCCCAGGAGAAGCCCCACGGCGUGCCCAUGGGUCGGACCAUGGAAGCAUUCCACUUUGUUAGCUAUGUGCCCAUCGAUGGCCGCCUUUAUGAACUGGACGGCCUGAAACCAUACCCCAUAGACCAUGGACCGUGGCUUCCUGGCCAAGACUGGACGGACAAGUUUCGCAUGGUCAUCACGGAGAGGCUCGGCGGUGGAGACAUCCGCUUCAACCUCAUGGCUGUCGUUCCCGACCGGAGACAGGCUUACGAGCAGAAGCUACGAACACUGAGGACAAAUCGUGGCAUCGUUUUGGAAGCACUUCAGCAAAUGGUUCGCGAGCAACCGGCGCUCGACGGCCACAACUAUGCGAAGAGCCCCCUCAUGGAGGCUCACUCCCCUGCCCCCAGCUCGGGUUCUUCGAGCACGGACACUGCGUCUGAGGUGGGCAGUGCAUUCAACUCUCCCGUACGAGGUUCGCCACCGGGUGCGUCUCCACCACCGCAGCCAAUCACACCUCCACAGCAACAGCAACAACAAACACUGCAGCAGUCAACAGCACAGCAGGCGGCACCAAACCAGUCUGUAGCACCACAGUCCUCAGGUGCAGCAAGCAGUGGAGAAAUAGACCGACUUGUUGUGGUGAGGCUAGGAGAGGAGCACCCAUUUGCACCGCAUGACUUGCUGGCUCUGCUGAAGACGGUUGAGGCUGAGAUCAACGCAUGCGAGAGUGCACUCAAGGACGAAGUCGACAAGCGGCGUAAAUAUGUGGUGGACGACUGCCGGCGGACGCACAACUACGACCAGUUCAUCUGCACCUUCCUGUCGAUGCUGGCAGAGCAAGGAAAGCUGGCUGACCUGGUGGAGCAGCAGCUUCAGCCCAAGCGUCGCCUGCUCGCCAAGCAGCCUGACCGCAAACGGCGCCCAGCUGCCAAGGCCAAGCGACGGCGCUGACAUGUGGUGCACAUGUCUCUUUUUUGCUUUUGUUGGACCCUGUCACACCGAGUUGUCUCUUUGUACAGCCACCUGGGGAAGCAGACGACCGCCAUUGCAUUUCUUAUGUGUCAGCACUGACGUGGCGACGCAUGUGCAUGUUGUCCAUUUGCUUUUGCCGGAUCCUGCUGUUUGUUCGUCGUGCGUAGUCACCUAGAGGACAACACUGCGACCACCAUAGCAUUUCCGCGUUUCUUGCAACUAGUUCAAGCCUAAGUGACUGUUCUGACAAGGCUGCAUGGCAAGUCUGUGUGUUUUAUGACAGCUACCUAACUUUUUUUUUUUUUUUUACACACUCUGGACCAGUGUAAAAAGGAAUGGUGGAUUUGUGUUCUCGACCAUUAUAUCCCCUUGCUUCGUACAGCGAGAUUAAUUGCAUCAUAAUAAUUGCAUCAUAGUUUGUGACAUAAAGUAUAAGACAGUUUUACAUUAAUUACAUGGCUUACAGUAAAAUAAGCUGAAUCAUAGUUUGCGACAUAAAAAUAUGAGAAUGUUACAUUGAUUGACUUUAUUUUACCUUGAAUUACAUGGCAUCCUACAUCUUACAAAAUUAAUUCUUACACUUUCCUUGAACCCCAUAACUACUUAUCAUGCGUCAGCGAGUCGUGUUACGGCCCGUACUUCUGCAAUAAUUGUUGUUUGAAUAUCCUUCUCAUAUUGGCGCUCCCUGUACAGUUGCUCGGAAGGGAACAGGCUAGCAGCCCGAUUGCUUGCGUGUGCCGUCUGUCACGAGAGUGAGUGUUCUCAAGCAGUGCUGUGUGUGUGUAUGGGCGCAUGCGUAUUCACUCCUUGGUUGCCAUUUCCGGCGAGUACCAUCGUCUCUGCAAGUGCUUUUCUUUGUGGAAACUGGGGCAUUUAAGUACCGUCGCGGGUUGCUGCUGGCUUGACAUAAGCUAGUCGAAAGGAACAGCAGCCAACAGAUCUAGCAAAACCAAUAACCGUUCGUUAAAAAUGUGAUAACUGUGCUUGUUAUGUGGUGAAGCAAGGAGUCUCUUUACUACCCCUUUUUUUAGCCCCAGAAGGGCCACAUCGCUGCAUUUUCACAGAACGGUUAUUAGUUGUACUACGUCCAAGUCUUUUCAUUUAACUGUCUUGCAUCAAAAGCAUGUAAAGGAGACGCAGCGAGUGGUUUAACGCAUUUGAAUACCUAACUGGACCUGUUUUCUGCUUUAUAUUAAUGUUUUGCUAGCUCAUGCUGGAGUUGUUCCUCUUUUAUUGUUGCCCUGAAGUGGAAUGUAAAAGGUCAAAAUAUGAUCGCUUGGUCAAUGAAAUUGUAUUGAGUGUACGUCAGAGGCACGAAAGACAAGUCAUGAAUGGGUAAAAAUUUUUUAGAUAUGGGCCUUUUUUUAGUUCAUGCUUGUUUGUAGUUUUCAUCUCUCCUUAUUAUUACAAGAGUGCUAUGAUGUAUCUGUUAUUAAAGAAAUGUGCCAGAUUGGUUUAAGCUUUGAAAAUAGUAAUGAAAUUAAAAGUCCUACAUGCAUUCUCUUUUAUGAGGACAAUGAAGCCUAUGGAAGUGUGUUGCAUGGUGUGCUGUCUAUAUUAAAAGGACAGUAAAAAGAAACACAUCACUAUAGACUGAUAAAGUAUUCUUUCGAAACACUAUUAUUGUUAAUUUCGCAGCAAAAGGUUGAUAACUAAAAAUUUCAUUUCACAAUUUCGGACAGAAACUCCAGUGCCAGUGCAACGUCACGGAUUUCAAGAUAAUUUUUUCCAUUUUGGGGUCAUUGUGUCUUCAAAGUACUUGAAACUUGCCAAGUUCAGUCUUUGGCUCUUUUAGAAUUCAAUGUAGUCCAUGUUAACCAAUAAAAGAUUAACUACACUAUAUAAAUCGGAAUAUAGGUUGGCCUGGCACAUAGGUCGACCCUUGACUUGGCCGCACGACGACUCACAAUUUGCUAAAGACCGCUAUAUAUAAGACGAGGUGCGACUUAAGCUUAAGCAUUCCGCUUUAUAUGAUAGGCCGGAGCAAGCGCUGUCAAAAUCCGCCACGUCUUUGCAAGCUGGUGUGGGAAUAUCAAGGGGGCAUUGCCAUCCGUCUUCAGUUUUUGUGUCUUUUUCUGACUUAUCAAGCCUCCCCUCAUAGUAAGAGUGGCUUUUUUUUGGUACUGUAGAAGAGUAAUUUACCAACACAGUUGAAAUAAUUUUGCUCUUUGUUGUCCUGUUUUUAGACUUUGUUUCUCUGUUCUCGUGGCCUGUCGAUCAUGGCAGUGUUAGGAUCCUCUCCGGGUGACUGUAUGAAGCUGCAUACUGUUUCUCACAUUUGCUUGCUCUUUUUGAGAAGCACCUGUCAACCAAACAAGGUAUUGAAGAGCUUGACGAGGCUUUUUCUCGGCGACUGCGAUUUGUACAAAGUUGACAAUGCCCAUGGCAGCUGUAUCGGCCUCUUACUCGGCCGUCGUGAUUGUAAUAAAAAGGAAGAACCACUUUCAAUGGAACAGACAUUUUCACAGUCAUAGCCCACUCUUGCCUACAAUCUACACUGUGAAUUACACUCCUCAAAGAAAAGAUAAACGUUUAACCCACACAAAUAACCGCAUGAAACAAGUCAAAUUUUUAUAUACAGACAUAACUAGAUAAAUAGCGAAUGCAGAUGUAAUGAAUUAUCCGAUAUAACAAAGCAAACAUAAAGUGUUUCUUGCUUACAUUAUUGUAUAGGGAGAAUUAUGCUUAUGAGGAAUGUAUUUUUGUGUAGGAUCCAAAUUCGUUAUGAUGAAGUUCAGCUGUGAAAGCGAAAUUUUCAACCUAAAGUGAGCUCCAAGAACAGUUUUGUUCUGUUGUUCAUCACUACUCUCUCUGCUGUCCCUUGUUGAAGCAUGGUGUGGCUUCGCGGAGUGCAUUAACAUGAAAAUUUUGCCUUUGGGUAUGACUUCAUGGCAUGACGAGUGCAUUGCCGUAGACUCACUUGCUGCACAAACAUGUCUGAAGGCAAAGCCUGUGGGUAACUGAUACCUAAUUUAAAAAUUGUAAUUUUUCAUUAUGGGUUAUAAGUAUGGAAACAUGACAGGUGGCACAGCAGGGGUCAGGAUUUAAAAAAUUGCCUAACAGGUAAAUGAACAGCAAUUAGAAACAGCUUUACAAAGUUAUAGUAGCAAACUACUAAUGCACACUCUGAAUUAAGUGCUUGCUUACUGGUCAUGUGAUAAUUAUGAUGACCAUUACUGGCAAUAUGGUGAGGUAAGAAGUAUAAUCUAUAAUCUUAAUUAAAUGAAGCCAUGCUUUUUUUUUUCUUUUUUUGAAUGCAAGUGUGCAUAAUAGUGAAUACAAACUUGUACAGCACUUGCCAGCGCCCGUUAUGCUGAAUGCAUUUCUACAGAGUGGCGGCGAAUCGGUGAAUGGUAAAGCUGGUUUGCAGUUGAAUGCAGGACUUUUUGUGAUGUCUGUAGUUCUUUUGAUUGCACUUAGUGUUCUUCACAUCAUUGCAUCUGUUAGCUUUUACAAUUUCAUUGUGAAAAGUCUGAUCUUUUAGAGGUUGUUUAUGAUUGUCGUAAUGACAAUAAUUCUACGACUUUUAAUUGGCAUCUUGUUUAGGGCAAAAUUGAUUUCAAGAUAAUACAGGUACAGUCACCGACUGAUUUUUUAUUUGCCUUGGGUCAAAUUCAGAAAGGUUUUCAUUCGCAAGUGCUUUUUGCCACUGGCAAGCUGCCCUCACUAAUGUUAUGCCCAUAACUUUGGUUGGCAUCUUGAUUAUUCAGAUCUACCAGCAGCACCACAGUCCAUGCUAGAGAACCAUUGUAUAACAGCAAGCAACAUUUCAGCUGCUUUUGCAUAAGUAUUUCAAAAAUAACCAUUUGUCUGCGGCACAGGUAAUCCAAAAUGCGACUGUAGAGCUGAGUGCCUGUCCACAGCAUUCCCACCAAUCAAUGUCUGCUAUACAUUUAGUAAAGUGUGAAAGUGUUGAAUAACAAUUUUUUACUAUGUUAAAAAAAAUUUCAAAUUAUCAAAAAAAUAUUUUUUUUUUUGUUCAAAAAAAGUUGGCGGCUGUGCAGUAGUUUCCAAAUAAAGUUGGAAGCUAUGCUAAGAUAUGCAAACAGGCAUAACAGCUGCGGAGUGCCAAACGUGAUUAUCUCAAAUUUUGCAUAUUAAGGAUUCAAUUCAGGUCGUCUUGAAGUAGGCCGAAGGCACCACUCUCCCCACGACAGUUUUACGCGCAAGCGUAGAUGCCACAUCUCGGUGAAAUUAUGUUGGUCGCCGCAAGGCAAGCGAGCACCAGAGGAGGAAGGUGCCUGGAGGUGGAGAAAAGAACCACCGCGUUCGCGCUCUUUCCGUUUCUGCUUCGACGCCGCAGUGCUCUUUGUGCAUGUUCGCGGAGGCCAUAUGCUUGCGCGUAACCCGCAUUCACGACGUGAAACUUCACUGUAACUUUUCUUUCUUCUCUCAAAUGUAACUGAACUUAGCUUUGUGAAAAAUGGCUUCCAACGUGUUUCUAGAGAUGCUCUAGGUGAUCAGGCACAGGUGAUCUGUGCUACUGCAUUUGUUCUUAUUGAAGUCAGGAUUUGUGACAAAUGCCAUAUAGAAACACGUACAUAGCACAGUCUAACCUCAAUAGAACAAACACGGAUAUAAUGAAGUAAAUUUACCACGUUUCUUGCAUCAUGUAACGAAUAUAUGCUUAUAAUGAAUAUUGGAUAUAAUGAAGAUACUUUCAUUUCGGAUUCGACUCCAUUAUAGCACGGUUCGACUCGCUGCACUCGUGUAAGUCGCACUUCUGGGCUCGAGAAGCCUCAAGGUUUUGAGACUGUGAGUGUUGUAAGCUGUGUGCGACAAAGUACAGUGGUCCAAAUUAUUUAAAAAGCCAUCUUUACAAAAAAAAAAAAAUUCUGGUCUCGUUCUCAGUCAAAUGGAGACACCCUUAGCUUGAACUUUAAGUGUCUACACAUUGUUGCAUGGGUGUAAUCUUGGCUUAUAAAUGGAAGCAUCCUGCAAAAUAGUCCGUAACAAGGCUAGUUAAAGAGAAUAAAAAAGUUUGAAUUGCAACACCUUCUAAACAUGCGAUGUGUGAGGUAAUUAACCUUUGAAUGACUAAGCAUUGGCAAAAUUAAAAGCCUAUGUCAACGUACUUGGCGCCAGCUUUAUCCGUUGCCAUCAAUGAAGCGUUUGCUGCUUCAUGUUCAAAUUUAAUGUCAGCUUUCUGAUUCCCAACUUCAGCUGCGUUAUGCAAUAUGUACGAGUUUCAGAGAAAUGCAUUUCCAGCAUGCACUUAUGUGGCAUUUACAUUUCUUGUGAACUCAAUCUAUAUAUAUAUAUAUAUGGAAGAAGGGCAGUGGUUCACACAACUACUUCUACUACUACCAUUUGGUUUUUAUUGGCAUUUUUUUUUUGUUUGUUUCUGGGCAGUCGUAUAGGGCCCUUCUUGAGUUUGUGUGUGUACAAUGCACGUAUAUCAUGAAAGCGACGAUGAUUGAUUGGUCCCAAAGUGGAUGGAAUGUGAACGUUUCUGUUUUCCCCCUCUUACCGAGGUCAUGGGGGCCGCGAGGUCAUUGACCUGACCUUGCUAUUCUGUUGCUGCCUUGCCACACGUUUGUUCCUGUUGUUGCCGUCUUUAUGUACAGAGUUGGCUGUGGCAGCAGCUGGGAGAGGAGGGAGGCAAGUGAAACAGAUGCUGCCCUGAGAUCUUUCUACACGGACGUUUCAUUGCUGUCCCUGGAAAGAAAAAGAAGAGUGGCAUAAAAAUACGGCAAUAAACAAUGCUGUCAGAA